AUGCUCCACCGCGCAACUGUGGCCAGAUUGGUAGAAAGAAUCGACAAGACGUUGAACACGCUCGGAGGCGACUCCUCAUCGCGGAAUCCGAUGCGCGUGGAUAACUAUCUAAUCGGCUGUGCGUUGAACUUGACGCAGGACUUUUUGGAUGCGCUUGGAAAGGUCCAGUUGCAACCUUCAGUUCAACCAGAUUCCAAUUCUCCGCCCGAAGGCCUGCCGACGGCUAUCACUCCCUCUGGUGAAAAUCCCACGUCGAUCAGAGAAAAUGAACUUUCCACACUAGCAAGCUCUACGGUCAAUACACCAUCGGUUCUCUUAGCUCUCAGCUGCUACAUAUCUCUGAGAAAUCUCUACAACACGCUAUUCACUCAUUUCGAAAGGUACCUUAGCCUUGUGCCAGAACGCCGUCAGAUUAUCAUCCACCACGCAUCAACCCCGACCAUGGGCGGAAUUUUCAGUUGA